AAUUUCUCAAGUGGAAUAAUAUCAACAAAGAGAAAUAUAACUGAAAACAGUGUGUGUGUUUGUGUGUCUUAGAGAGAGAAAGAAGAGAGAGAGAGGAAUGGAGAAAGCUGCGAACAGACAGAAGAUCCUGCUGGACCAUUUGCGACCUACUUCUUCCGUUCCUCACCUAAUUUCUCAACCUUCUCUUUCUCGUGCAGUAUGUUUGGCUGGGGAUAGUGCUGCAUAUCAUAGAACACCUGCUUUUGGAGACGACAUUGUCAUUGUGGCAGCUUAUCGAACGGCCCUUUGCAAAUCAACACGAGGCGGAUUCAAGGAUACCCUUCCCGAUGAUUUACUUGCCGCUGUACUGAAGGCAUUGAUCGAUAGAACAAAUCUAAAUCCUGCGGAGGUAGGAGAUAUAGUUGUCGGCACUGUUUUGGCUCCAGGUUCGCUGAGAGCUAUUGAGUGCAGGAUGGCAGCAUUGUAUGCCGGUUUUCCUGAUAAAGUACCUAUCAGAACAGUCAACAGACAAUGCUCAUCUGGUCUCCAAGCUGUUGCCGAUGUUGCUGCCUUUAUAAAAGCUGGAUAUUAUGAUAUAGGCAUUGCUGCUGGAUUGGAGUCCAUGACAGCAGAUUUUGCGACCAGUGCGAACACAAUUGAGAAAAUUAACCCUAAAGUUGAGGCUUUCCCUCAAGCUCGUGACUGUCUUCUUCCAAUGGGUGCUACUUCUGAGAAUGUUGCGGAGCGUUAUGGGGUGACGCGAGAAGAGCAAGAUCAAGCUGCUGUUGUUUCUCAUCAACGUGCUGCUGCUGCAAGGGCAGCAGGAAAAUUUAAAGACGAAAUCAUUCCGGUUCAUACAAAGAUUGUGGACCCUAAAACCGGUGAGGCAAAGCCUGUUGUGAUCUCAGUAGAUGAAGGAAUUCGGCCGAGCACAAAUAUGAUAGAUCUGGCAAAGUUGAAGCCUGCAUUCAAGAAUAAUGGAACCACAACUGCUGGGAAUGCGAGCCAGAUUAGCGAUGGUGCUGGAGCUGUUCUGCUCAUGAAACGAAGUUUAGCUAUCCAAAAGGGGCUCCCAAUUCUCGGCAUAUUCAGGAGUUUUGCAGCUGUGGGUGUGGAUCCUGGUGUUAUGGGUAUUGGCCCAGCCGUUGCUAUUCCAGCUGCAGUUAAUUCAGCUGGUCUCGAAAUUGCUGACAUUGACUUGUUUGAGAUAAACGAGGCAUUUGCUUCCCAGUUUGUAUAUUGCUGCAAGAAAUUGGAUCUUGAUCCCGAAAAGGUUAAUGUAAAUGGAGGAGCAAUGGCCCUUGGGCAUCCUUUAGGAGCCACAGGGGCUCGUUGUGUCGCCACACUACUUAAUGAGAUGAAGCGACGUGGAAAAGACUGCCGCUUUGGUGUAAUAUCUAUGUGCAUAGGUUCAGGCAUGGGUGCUGCUGCCGUUCUUGAAAGAGGGGAUUGUGUAGACGAACUCUCCAAUGCACAAGCAAUUAGCGCACAAAAUUUCUUGUCCAAAGAUGCUAUAUAGAAACCGUUUAUUGCCCGGCGAAUUAUAUUUUUAUGCAAUGAGAUUUGGUGUCAGAAUAAGACAUGAAAAAAAUAAAGAUGUGUGUUUGGUGUCCAAAAUUCGUAAUCGUAGUCUUUCGACGAAUUAUAUUUUUAUGCAAUGAGAUUUGGUGUCAGAAUAAGCAUAAAAAAAAUAAAGAUGUGUGUUUGGUGUCCAAAAUUCGUAAUCGUAGUCUUUCGACGAAUUAUAUUUUUAUGCAAUGAGAUUUGGUGUCAGAAUAAGCAUAAAAAAAAUAAAGAUGUGUGUUUGGUGUCCAAAA